AUGGUCAAGCUCCCCAACAUAGCCAGCGAAGCUCGCGACUUCGCGAUGCUCGAGAGGAAUCUCCUGUCCCACUUGCGCCUGGCCGGUGUUCUGAUCCUCCUAUCCGCCUCACUCCUUCUCCAAGCUCGUCUGCCGACCCCCUCAAUGCCUGGAUCCGGCAUCACCGCCUCGUCUACUCUAGGGUUUGCUGUCGCGAUCAUCGAGGUGGUAGCAGCAGCCGUUGCCAUCGGUGCAGGUGUCUGGGAGUACUGGAGCGGAUAUGCGGACAUGAAGGCAGAGCGGGGAUUCCUCACAGCAAGCCAGACCCAUCUCGCCUUACUCAGUGGGGUCGGCAUCGUCGUUUUCGCAACCUGUCUCAUGGUCAUCUCCACCGACACUUGA